AUGGCCUUGACUCUUGUUUGGCAACUCGCCCUGUGGCUGACGGUGCUUGGCUGCACCGUCUCCGCGAAGCCGGUUGCCGGCGCGGUCCUCGACAGGAGGGCAGCGCCGGCGCUCCCGAGCCGAGAUGCCUUCUACCGAGUCCCCGACGACUUGGAUUCGCAUGCUCCCGGUGCCAUUCUCCGGCAUCGGUCGCCGCCGAGCCCCAUGGCGGCGCUGGGCUCGCGCGUCGUGCACCUGCAUGCGAGCCACCAGCUCCUGUACCGGACGACGGACGGUCUCGACAAGGCGACGGCGACGGUGCUGACGGUGCUCGUUCCUCGCAACGCCAACUACAGCAAGGUGCUCUCGUACCAGGUCGCCGAGGACUCGGCCAGCAUCAACUGCGCGCCGUCGUACGCGUUCCAGCUCGGCCACGACCCCGGCCCGGGCGACGGCACCAAGGCGACGCAGGGCGAGCUGUUCCUGGUGGAAGCGGCGCUGGAGCAGGGCUGGGUCGUCAUCGUGCCCGACCAUCUCGGGCCGGGGGGCGCCUUUCUCGCCAACGUGCUCUCGGGCCGCGCCACGCUGGACGGCAUCCGCGCGGCCAGCAACUCGGGCGCCCUGACGGGCAUCAGCACGAAGCCGACCGUCACCAUGUGGGGAUACUCGGGCGGCAGCCUCGCGACCAUGUUUGCGGCCGAGCUGCAGCCGUCGUACGCGCCCGAGGUGGAGGUUGCCGGCGCGGCCGUCGGCGGCAUCGUGCCCAGCAUCAUGACGGUGCUGCGGCAGGUCAACGGGACGGCGUCGGCCGGCCUCAUCCCCCCAGGCAUGCUCGGCCUCGCCCACCAAUACCCCCGUGUCGACGCCCUCCUGAGACGGCACGUCCUGCCCGGGCGCCGCGAGUACUUCUACAAGGCCGCCCGCCAGUGCCUCACGGCCAACCUCGACGCCUACGCCAACCAGGACAUCAGCCGCGUCUUCGACGAGCCCGACAGCGUCCUCGGCGACCCGGCCGUCGCCGCAAUCAUGGACGACAACGACCCCGGCCGCCGCGCCCCCCGCAUUCCCAUGUUUGUCUACAAGGCCGUGCGCGACGAGGUCAGCCCCGUGGCGGAAACAGACGCCCUCGUGCGAGGCUACUGCGGCGCCGGCGCCUCCAUCGAGUACCUGAGGGACGAGAGCGCCAACCACGGCACCCUGGCCGUCGUCGCCGCUCCCGAGGCGCUCUCCUGGCUGCGGGGGAGGAUGGAUGGCCAGGGCCGCCCGACGUCGUGCUCGACGAGGACCGUCUUUUCUGCGCUGCUGGAGCCGGGUGCCCUGGCGCUCGUGCCCAAGGUUCUGCUGGAUGCCAUCUUGGACUUGCUGGGGAAGCGCGUAGGUCCCUUUACCAGAGGAUGA